AUGCCAAGCUCCUUCGUUGUGACACCUUGGGCUGCAAACAAUGGUUUUGUAAUCAAAAACAAGACCCAACAGGAUGCUAUACAGGAUGUGACAGACAGAGAUGUGGAUAUGGAAGACAAAGCAACACAGGAUGAGGAUGAGGAUCAGAUGUAUGAUGAGGACAUAGAACCUGUGCAGAAUGGUGACAAGGACAUCCCUCCACACGAGGAAAGGCCAAAUCCUGAGUUUGAAUACCAUCCAUUCAUUAAUGGUGAUUAUUCUGUUUGCCAUGUGAUGAACACGGUGUCUGCUGGGGAUAUUAAUACGCUCAUGGACCUUUGGCGUGCAUCCUUCAUCAAAAACGGCUUACAGGAAGAUUACUUCGCAGGAUGGUUUGAUUACAGGCCCGUACGUAAUGUACAUAAUGAAAUGCAGUUGCUUUUCUCGGGUUUCUUUCUAUUCCCAAGAACCCUCAGUAUCCGUCCUACUGGCUUUUUCCUCCCUCCCCAACGUUCUCUCACACACUACCCUCUCCUCGUUCGUCAGUUUGGGGCCCCAAAUGGCCUCUGUUCAUUUAUCACUGAGGCAAAACACAUCAAGGCCAUCAAAGAACCUUGGAGAGGUUCCAGCUAUUAUGAAGCCCUAGGACAAAUGCUUACUACAAACCAACAACUUGACAAGCUAGCGGCAUCACGUGUGGAUUUUACAAGCCGAGGGAUGCUUGAGGAUGAUAGUCUAACAUAUGCAUGGGCCAAUGCCGACUUAGAGCUUGAAGAUCUUAGGGAUAUAGAAGAAGAUGCCGAUGAAGUCAGGACCAGUAACCAAGCCCACAUCUUCUGUUUUCUUGCACUAAGUGACAAAAGUGGUGUUGGUGGGAUGCAUCGUGAAGUGAUCCAUGUAACGCCAAUGUGGCACAAAGGUCCAGCUUGGCAUGACACAGUAUUUGUAGAACGCAAUGCUACACUCCCUGGCAUGCAGGGCCUUGAUAUUUGCAGUGGUGAUGAAUGUGAUGAGCUCACUGGGAUGUGGAUUGUGCAUCCAGAUUAUAACAAGGAUGGCUCGCCUACACUUCAGGUUAUCCAUACAGACUGCAUCAUGCGAGCGGCUCAUAUGAUGCCUGUUUUUGGUGAUGCUUUGAUAGGAAAAGAUAUCAACUGUGCCAAUUCUCUUGAUUCUUUUGACUUAUUCUAUGUUAAUAAAUUUAUUGAUCAGAAUGUGUUUGAAAUUGCUUUCUAG